UUCCUGUGUCGCGGCCGGAAGUGUCCGUGGCGUAGCGGCUGCUUCCGGGCGGCUCCGUGGCAGCGGCAGGCGGCGGGCGCGGGGCCGGGCGCCGGACGGGCCGCAGCGAUGGUGCUGCUCACUAUGAUCGCCCGUGUGGCCGAUGGCCUCCCCCUGGCCGCCUCUAUGCAGGAGGACGAGCAGUCAGGCCGGGAUCUGCAGCAGUACCAGAGUCAAGCGAAGCAGCUCUUCCGCAAGCUGAACGAGCAGUCCCCCACCAGAUGUACUCUGGAAGCAGGAGCCAUGGCUUUCCACUACAUCAUUGAGAAAGGAGUGUGUUACCUGGUCCUGUGUGAAGCUGCAUUCCCCAAGAAACUGGCCUUUGCAUAUCUAGAAGACUUGCAUUCAGAGUUUGAUGAGCAGCAUGGGAAGAAGGUGCCCACGGUCUCCAGGCCUUAUUCCUUCAUUGAAUUUGAUACCUACAUACAGAAAACCAAGAAGCUCUACAUUGAUAGCCGGGCCAGGAGGAACCUAGGCUCCAUCAACACAGAGCUGCAGGAUGUGCAGAGGAUUAUGGUGGCCAACAUCGAGGAAGUCUUACAGCGAGGAGAGGCACUUUCAGCUCUUGAUUCCAAGGCCAACAACUUGUCCAGUUUGUCCAAGAAGUACCGUCAGGACGCGAAAUACCUGAACAUGCGUUCCACUUACGCCAAGCUCGCGGCUGUAGCUGUGUUUUUUAUUAUGCUGAUUGUCUAUGUGAGGUUCUGGUGGCUGUGAGUCUGUUGCAGCCACAGAAGAGGGAAAGCCAGUAGCCUGGCAGGUGUAUGUGUGCAGGACACUGUUCACAGGGGAUGUGCAUUAGAAUCCACGCAGGACCAUCACCUUUAUGGGAGUGUCCUGACAUUGUUAGGUGACACUUGACUACUACAUCUCUUAGUGAAGCCUAACAAUAGGUGUAAAGGCUUGUUGACUACAGGCUUUUCCUCUAAGGCAGUUUGCACUGGGGUGCUGCAGAGUUUGGCCUCCCACAGCUCUGCCCCCCUCCCGGGGACACGCUCUGGUAACAGUCAAUCAGUGCGGUUCAGCCUGAGCGUCUUGGACGUCCUCCUGGUGAGUAGCUCUAGUGGGAACUGGACUCUAAUGAACAUUCCUUGUGUUGGCAAUGUUUGCUUUUUCUUAGAAUCUGGGUCUGCAGUUAUUUUUCUUUUGUUUUUUAAAGACAAGACUCCCCUGUUUGAAGGCAAAGACUGCACUGUACAUACAAUAGCUUUCACCUCUGUCAGAAUAGUUAUCGUUGAGUUUUCUGUGUCUGACAUCAUGGCUUGUUACACUUUAAAUCGCUUUAGGAACAAGUGGAUGUUAAAUUAUGCCUUAAAAUACAUUCUGUCUAGUGCUAGGAGGAGCAGUUAAAGGUUUCUGUAUUACUGGUUCCUACCAAAUUAAACUACAGGUUUGUUAAGUGUCCACUUUCCCUCUCCCAACAGCUGUAUAUGAUGGUGUUUCCAUGUGAACAGGGUGUGGAAUGUGGUGCUGUUGGAGCAGGCACAGCACAAACUAUGUCAGCAUUAUGUAUUUUUCCUUUCUAUCUGCAAAUUCACUGUAUUACUUAGUUCCUUUUCAUAACUGUGCUUUCCUUCCAAAAUGUGUCAGAACUGCCAGCAUUUCAUCUCCAGGAUGCUUGUUUUCUUUCUCCCUCUUUCCCUCACCCAAAACAACCUAAAACCCAAAACUCUGAAUGUUGUUGUGAAGAAAAGGCAGUGUUUGCUUAAGGAAUACUUUAACUUUACAUGAAAGAUUUUAAAGAAUAACUUCAAAACA